UGGCUGGGGAGGAUGGGAAGCGGACCCUCCCCGGGGCGGCUGCUGCAGAAGCGGCACCCGAGCUCCGCCCGCGAGAGGCGGGCAGCGUCUCCGUCCCGCCCCGGGGAAAGCAGCUGCGAGCGAUGGCGGAGGCGGCUGCAACCGGGCGGGCGCCCCGCUUCUUCCAGCGGCUGCCCAAAGUGGAGCUCCACGCCCACUUAAACGGCUCCAUCAGCUCUGCCACCAUGAAGAAGCUGAUGGCGCAGAAGCCACACCUUCGGAUCGGAGAGGAAAUGGUGGCAAUUGACAAGGGGGCGAAAAGGACCCUGGAAGAAUGUUUCCAGAUGUUCCAGUUCAUACACCAGAUGACCAGCAGACCUGAAGAUAUAUUAAUGGUAACCAAAGAUGUUAUUCGGGAAUUUGCUGCAGAUGGAGUCAAAUAUCUCGAAUUAAGGAGCACGCCCAGGGAGGAGAAAAGUUCAGGCAUGACCAAACGAACAUACGUGGAAGCUGUCCUUGAGGGCAUCAAGCAGUGUCAGGAAGAGGGAUUGGAUAUAGAUGUAAGGUUUCUCGUAUCGGUGGACAGAAGCAAGGGGGCAGUUGCUGCCAAGGAAAUCGUGAAGUUGGCGGGAGAUUUUUUGCUCUCCAGUGAUGGUGUGGUCCUUGGUCUGGACCUCAGUGGAAAUCCGAAAGUGGGACACGGCCAGGAUUUCUUGGAGCCUCUUCUGGAAGCCAAGAAAGCUGGUUUGAAGCUGACGUUGCAUCUUUCAGAGAUCCCAAAUCAGGAGGACGAAACCCGGCUGCUUCUGGGUCUUUGCCCGGACCGAAUCGGACACGGGACGUUUCUUCAAACAUCAGAAUUGGCCACACAGGAUCUGGUGGACCUCGUGAGGCGAAACAGGAUACCUUUAGAACUCUGCCUGACGUCCAACCUGAAAGCCGAGACGGUGCCCUCCAAGGCUCAACACCAUUUUGGAUUCUGGUACCGCCUGGGUCAUCCCGUGGUCCUCUGUACGGACGAUAAAGGCGUUUUUGCCACCGAGUUGUCCAGGGAGUACCAGCUGGUGGCCGAGACCUUCCAGUUAUCCGACGAGCAAAUCUGGGCGCUCUCCUCCGAGGCCAUUGACCACGUCUUUGCCUGCGGCCACACGAAGUCGAAGCUGAAGGAGCGAUGGCAGACGCUGAAGUCGGUCCUGCUGGAGGAACUUCGUUGAGAGCACCAGGACGCCCGUUGUAGGAUUCGAGGAGGGUUUUGAUUGGCUUUGUCAGUUGGAUCUACACGGAGGGUCCUCAACUUACAACUGUCCCUUCAGGAACUGUUCAAAGUUACAACGGCACCGGAAAUGGACAGGCGGUCCUCGAGUUACGGCCACAAUUGUGCCCAAAGUUUAGGUUGCUAAGUGAGACAUUGGUGGACUUUUGUUCCCUUUUACGACUUCGCUGUUCAGCGAAUCAUUGCCAUUGUUAAGUUAGCCCCACAUCUGUUAAGUGAUUAGGGCAGUGAUGGCUAAGCUUUUUCUCGUUGUGUGCCGGCACCCAUAAUGCAAUGCGGCAUCCGUCCGUCCCCACGCAUGUGCGCCCAACUCCCCCCACCCCACGUUUUUGGCCUAGCAAGCCUCCCUGCAGCCUCCUGGGCUCAGAAACGGGCUGGGGGAGGCGGGCCACACAUCCCCAAGCCCCGUUUUGGGCAUAGCAGGCCUCCCUUGCAGUUUGCCAAGAGCCUGAAUUUUGAUCAUGUGACUGUGGGGAGGCUGCGUCGGUCGUUAAGUGUGAAAAAAGGACAUGUUGCUUUUUUCAGUCCUGUUGAAACUUGGAACGGUCCCUAAAUGAACUGUUGUUAAGUCGAGGACUAUUCGUACUUAAGACUGUUCCUCGUUCUUACGACCGUCGUAGCAUUCCCCACGGUCAUGUGAUCAAAAUUUGGGUGCUUGGCUCAAAUAUCAGCUCGGUUUUGUCUCUGAUUCUCCGGGGCAAAGAGGAGCUGUUGGAGGCUUGGUAGCUCUCUUAAACCUUAAGACAAGGGUGUGUGUGUGUGUGUGUGUGUGUGUGUAUCUUUUUGCGGUACUAAGAAAGACUACAAUAUCCAUAAAAUGAGAAUUUAACCCCCCCCUCCUCCUGCCCCAAGAAGCUUGAUCCCACUUCCGUGCUUCAUAUCCGAGCAGCCUCUGGAUUCCGAAGGGAAGAUGGAGAGACGGAUCCUUAACGGUCCCCAAUUCUAAAAAUUCUGCUGGGCCUGGAGUUUCAUCGUUUUUUCUGUCUUUUUAUCACUUCUGCUAGCUCCCAUAUUGUUACUUUUCCAUUUAAUACAAUUUUUAAAAAGUUUUCUGGGACGUUUUAUGAUACAGAAAAUAAAUCUAUGGGGAAAAAAAUAACACAAUAUAUGGAAUUAAACGGUCCCCAAUUCUGAAUGUCUCCUCCCCCUCCCUUUAAAAGUUGGGGUUUUCCUCCAACACCUUCCAGGUUUUGCCUCCCCACCCCCUCAAUCCCCCUGCCGCCCCCCUCCGAAGUUUUCAAAGAGAAAAGCUGGCCUCCAUUUAGCCCGGCCUGCUGGGGUCACCUGGGAACUGGCAAAUUUAAUAAAAGUCUCCAAAGGUUUA